AAUUACUCCCAUAAAUCCCUGUUUUUCAUUAAACCUCAUUAAUCAGAAGUGUUUUCCAUUUCCUCCCCUUCGCAACUAUAAAUCCAAACUCUCUCCUUUCACUUCCACACGGCCACGCUCUCUCUCUCCUGGAAAUCGUUCAAAAUCCCAUUCUUUUGAUCAAUUUCAAUUGAUUUUUGUAGUAUUCUACAGUUUAAUUUUGGCCGAGGAAUUAUGGCUAGAAGGGGAAGACCUAGCAGCAGCAGGGUGGGUCUGAGACGUAUUGACGCUGCCUUAGAUGCUUUGACUGAAAUGGGCUUCUCCCCUGAAUUAAUUCGCAGGAGUGUUAAUGCAUUGCUCAAAGCGUAUGGUGGUGAAGAAGGAUGGAAAUUUAUUGAGGAAGGCUACUACAAGGAACUGAUCGAUUUCAUACUGGGGGAGCAGGAAGUUCCCCGUGACCAAGAGGAACCAAGGGAUUUUCCAGACGAAGAUAAUCAUGGAGGUGGGGAGGAUGAGCCAUCAGAGGCUGGACCAUCUAGUGAAGCUAGUGAGCCUUUAUGCUCUAGCCAAAUUACUCUGUCGGCAACUCCUGUAAUUGAUUCUCCUUUGGCAAACCCGUUACCUCUUGUUCCUUUGGCUAGCCCUGUACCUCUUCUAGACAAUGUACAAAGCAUGAUCCCUAUGUCAAAUGAAAUUAAUCGGCCUAAUGAUAUACUCAUAGGCCAGGAGGAAAAGAUUGCUGGUUUCAGCUCAAUUUAUACGUUUCCGAGUCCACCAGGAUUUGAACAUAUUGUUAAGGAAAGGAUUACAGCCCGUAAACGCAAACCUUGCUUUGGUUGGAUGGGUCCUGAGGAUGAUGAAGAUUUUGUGUUUUUGACGCCUUCACCUGUUUGGGGUAGGACGACUGGAGAGAAGCAGAGGAAGCGGAAAUCUAGGUGGGAUGUUGGGCCUGUUGUCCCUUAUGAUGUUGUAUGAGAUGUCUUUCCUGUGCUACUUGUACAUAACUGAUCAUUCUUCUGUAAACUUGUUGCAUUGAUAGUUUGAGAUAUUGUAGUUGUCAGCACGAAAAUAACGCUGUACGGGUUGUUCUGCACCGAAUCUUUUGAUAGUCGAAACAAUCUCUUAUGAGUUAUGGCUCGACUCAGGUUUGAAUGGAAUGAUUUUGUACUGUUUACUUUAGGCUUACCUUGGGAACAUUAUGAAGUGGGAAUUGUUAAGCAAUAUCCUCGGUUGCUCCUGCAUGGAAAUAACAGUAGCAGCACAAAACACAAGCUACCAAGAUUCAUCUUUUACUUGAGUAUUGUGCCUCGCGUGUAUUGUGGUCUGCAACUGUCUACUACGGAUAUUCAGCAUCCAUACCCAGAAAGAUUGCAGACAUUAGGUUCUUUCACCAGUUCUUAGAUAUUAGGGAUUUAUUUCUUUUCAUUAUAUACUUUGUUAGAUAAUAAUUCCUCCGUUCUUAUUUACAUGACAUAAUUGGGUAUUGGA